GCGCAAGCGUCCACGAUGCAGCGGCGGGUCGCCGCGUCUAGGCAACCGCAGCGAUCACCGGCGACCAAUAUAGGCUGGCCGCCGCUCGAUCAAUGCCACUCACAUUGGCCCCCAAGCCGGCCGGACGCAGGGCCAGUCGCCAGUCGCGCUUUAAACGCUCGCGGAGGGAGACAAUGCCCGCACGGCGCGCUUUUGUCGCCGGAUUGUUUCGUACUACCUCCCUGCCCGCACCAUCCUCCCAGGACUCGUUCGCCGAGAAACGGCUCGCGUCAGGUGCUCUUUCUCCCCUUUUGUUGGCCGCGAACGUCUGCGCGGACGACGCCGCCGUCGUCGUCUGCUAGCUCUCGCCGGGUGCGCGUCGUCUGCUUCGGGCGUGCUGCGCAUAGUGAUACGCCGUCUGUCUCUGAACUGAGAGUUCGUCUGCUUCAAGCGCGCUGCGCACGGAAUGAAACGCCGUCUCCUCCAGACCGGAGUUCGUUCGCCACAAAUGCACCGUGGGUUGAGUGAAACGCCGUCUGCCGUGGACCCGAGUCCGAGUGCUACACAUGCACAGUGCAUUGAAUGAGCUUGUCUACUAGGAUGGAGGUACCGUGAAAAGCGCUCUCGUCGUCUAACCAGCGUGAUAUUUUCUGGUUCAGCUGCUGCAAACCGAGUGAAAAUUGUGUGCUCACAAAAGGAAACGGAUGCCACCUCCCUUCUCUCGACGCGAACUCGGUGGACCUUCUACGUCAUUGACGAAAGUUCUGGAACAGCUGGUGCGCGGAGAGCAUCCGACGUCUGCAAUAUGCGGGAGUUCGUCUGCUUCACGUGCUGCGCAGUGAAUUAACGACGUCUGCUAUAAACGGGAGCUCCUCUGCUUUUACUGGCAUGCACUGAGUGCAUCAACCUCGUCGGCGCUCCACUGCAGUUCGUCUGCUUCAGGUCCCGUGCAAUUAAUGCCUGUGACACAGAAUGGCUCGUUUUUACCUGCUUCUGGCGAUGAUGUAGUAAUAACAAUGCGUAGUUCGAUUUUAGGUGUCGGCUUGUUGGGAUCGCUUGUUGCGGCUCCGUUGACAACGGAUACGUUGUUUCUUCGGGACGCCUUGUCUCAGGCCUCUUCGAGUCCGGAAUGACAGUGCGUAGUACUGUCAUUAUGUCGUAGUACUGCACAUAAUUUUCUUCUUUUUUUCUCUACUCAGAAACUUAUAAUGACAGCGUAUCACCUGUCUACCCCGCAGGUCUGUUUGUGAUGAGACGUACCGGCUGACUGUACCUGUAUUAUGUUUUGUAGUUGCCGUAUGGUCUAUACCGCGAUUCUAUAAGACUUCACGCAUGAAGUCAUGAGCCACAGCAUUUAUUACUCUUCGCCUCCUGGCUAAGAAAUAUUAGAGUGAGUUUGUACGGCUGUUCUUAAAGCACACUAAUACAGCUCGGGAUUAACGCCUUGUGGUACAAGGCGCAGUUCUUUUGUUUCAAAGCUCGGCGUCCGCUAGUGAAGCAAAUUCGUCUGCUUGCGGUGCCGCGCAUCGGACAACAGCGUGCUUUAGAACAUUACUUCCCUAUAAUAUUGCAUUCCGCAGCAAUGCAAAACGUCCGAUGUCAGCGUUAGUUAGCGCGCUUCGGGUGCCGCCUGUAUAACCUGUUCACUGCACUGUUACCCUUUGUGCAUCAUCGCUCGUGAAACUGAAUCCUAGCAGUCUGGCCUUCACUUUCAUGCUACUGGCCGUUGAGCAUUUGACAUUUCUUUGGCAUGCAUUUGACAUUUCGUUGACAUUUCUCGUCUUAUGAAACAAUGCUUCUGUUGCUGACGCGAGUUAGUCUUCUCCGGUAUGCGUAGUUUCGCGUAAUUCUUCUGCUCCCUUGCGUCGUCUGUUCUAGAUCUGUUGUCGUCUGCUAGGAGUAUAUCUGCACUGAGUACUUCAAGUCAUGAUCGUUGAGAAAGAGUCUCACUGCCUGGAACUGUAUACUUUCAGCGGUGAACGUAUCAACCACCACCUGCUUUUCUGAAGCAAACAACUGCCGCUUUUCUAAGCGCGUUCCGACAGGUGCGCUGACGUAGCGCGUAAGUACGAGAUUCAGUCGCCUUCAAGUGCACAUACUGCGUUGUUUGCGUCACCUCGUCAGCCGCUGUAGUGUGCCGUGAGCUUCGCCCGUCUGGUGUUUCCUUGUAACGGCACUAGGCUACCAGUCCUGCAGACUCCUGAGCUGAAACGUUCUCAUGAUGCCGACCAUCCCAUCUGGCGUGUAAUGACGUGGCGAUGUAGCCAGAAACGCGCUGCUGCUAUCACAUUUGGUUGAACGGGCGAUCCUGGACAGUCGGACAUACCUAUCAAUCCUUAGGUACGUUUUGAUAGAAGCUGUCACCAUCUUCGCUUUCUCGCGCACCUCUCCGGACGUUUAUGUGAGAGACGGCAGCUUGACUCGAUCACGGUGCUUUCUGGAAGACACGCCGAAGGACUGCUAUCUCUGAUCCUCUGAUCCUACGUCGUGGAACCACGCCGUUGCCCCGCACUGUGAGUACAACGAGCUAUACAAGACUACGUCACAAAACACCACACAAGAGUGCUUGGAUCGGCUCCGUGACCGUAAUUACGUUUCCCGUCUUCUUUGCGGACCACUGCACCCUGUAUGGCAUACGGUCGGCUUGGAUGAAUUCGCUUCCCAAUUCUGCUCGUAUACUUUCAAUGCGUCGGGGAGUCGGGGGGCCAAACGGCCAGCUGCAGCCGCCGAAGACGUCGCAUCGAAUCAGGAGAUGUGGGAAGCGAAAAAGUGGGGACUACGCAACGUACACCCGAUGAGCGACCGGUCAAACAAAUCUGCACGCGCUGGUUCUUAAUCAGCCGGCGAUCGCUGGGUUUCAGCGUGUGACACAGACUGCCCGAGAAAGCCGAAGCAUUCAGCGAGCGGACCAUUAAGAAGCACAAGUGCGGAAGACAAGGACGUAACAAGCAGGCAACAUGCUGUCAUGGAUGAUAAGCCGCAAGCGGGAGCUCGACCUGCAGGAGCAGGCCAUGCGCCGCGAGCAGGAGGCCAACGCCCUCGAGUACGAGAUGAAGAGGCGGGCACUGCAGCGAGACCUGCAGGACCGGAGGCGGUUGGCCGCUACUCGAGGCACUGUGCUCUGCAUCGUGGGCUGCGGACUGGCGCUGGGCGCUCUGGGCGUGGCGCUCACCACGGUCGGCGUGUUGCUCCGCGGAGGGCCCUGGAAGGCGCCCUGCAUCGUGGCUGGACCGACGUGCAUCGUCAUGGGCUUCCUCGUGCUACUGCUCUCGGUGGAGACCAUCAUCAAGUGCCGGCGAGCGCAACGCUUCCAGCAGUCAGACUCCAAGGAGACCCUCCUGGAGCGCGCCCUUCACAAGGCGACCGGAAAGACCACCAAGGACACGAACGUGGACGACGCCACGACGCCCAGCAAGUCCAGGAGGGUCGCGCCCGGUGCCAGCGGUAGCGGUGGUGCCGCGGGUGAGGCCCCUGGUGCUGCGGCCACGGUCGCGAACUCGCUGCUCCUGGACCCCCAGAGACUCGUCGAACCCUUGCAGGUUGAAGAAAGUGUCGCGGACACCUAGCCCAGGGCACCGUCCGGCUGGUGACGGUUGAUUGUGCUUCGUGGCAUGCCCACUGGAGCGCCUGUCUGAGGUCCUUUCGACGCGCAUGGCAAGGAGCUGUGGACAGUGGUCGUCAUACAUAGCUGAGACGUCCUCGUGCUCCUCGAGUGCCCUCGAGACAUGUCGAAGACUAUUAUGGAUCCCAGGUCUACGAGAAAUUGUGGUGGUGAUUCGUUUGUCGUGACUUCUUGAACGGCGGGACUUAGCGAAGCCAUUUCGAACAGAACCUAGCAAUGCGGGCGCUAGUCCCACUGCCCACCGAAGACGUCCACAGACUUGUGGUGAUUUUUGAAAGUCGUAACGAGUGCUCUGUGUACGUCACCACAGAACAACGUCGACGGUGAUCACUGUCAGUGUCUCAUGACUCCUUUACUCAGGAGUACCGGAUACGUCUGUGGAAGCCACAAGUGUGCAGUGACGCCGGCUUCAGAUGUGGUGGCACAUAUCUUUGGCAAAGAUUAUACUGCUAGUGGCCCUGUGCCUUGUUCAUCGGCGUAAGCUUCAACCAGUUUUCUUAAGAUGCCUGCCGUUUGGAUAUUUGGGCAACGAUCCCUCUCUGUGAGUGGUAAGCAUUGUGAAGUGCGACAAGCGUCCAUAGAGUGUAGUGUUGCGGCGAGCGUUAUGGUGUCUCCACAAGCGAUACUCGUCAUGAUACUUCAUGAUACCUCUGACGUCCUCCUUCACAGCGUACUUUGAUAUAAACGUGACGACAUCGUAUGGACGAACGUCGACGCUGUGGAUAUAGAAAUAGGGAGCAUCCUACCGCUUUAAUGCCACGUGGUCACCAGAAGAUGCGAAGUAACCAUAUUCGCCGCACUUGCAUGCAUGCCUACAGUACCAACUUGUGUGGAGUAACAGGUAAUGCGUCAGGAGAAAAAAGAUAUUUCUACUUUUUGGAUGCAUGACCAGUAGCCGGCUUUGUAAUACCUGCCGAGUUUAUCAGCAAAUUCUUGACGACCGUUCACGAACACGACGCUAAAAUCACAUUGCGAGUAGUAGUUAUCCCUCGUCUUGAUACUUCGUCAAAAGAAAGUCUCGUGGGACUUCUCGAGACAGUCGAAUCAAAAACGAGGUGUGGCUAUAGGAGAUGCUUGUAACGGCCGCAGACUAGUUGGUAAUCAGAAAAUACGAUAAAGUUUAGUGUGGAAGAAGAAUCAGCAUAGAUCAUCAUCCAACUGCCGGGAAUCUUUGCGUGGUGUUUGUCGAAGACUACAUGCUGACAUUUUCGCAUGGCCGAUGUGCGUACCUGGGAAUCGCGAGGCACACGGAAACGCGUAGUGCUAGUUCUAAGACCCCAAGUCCCGCGUACAGCGAGUUAUCGGAUGGUACGAACUGCAGCGCUCCUAGUAAGGAUAACGGUGCGUCCCACGGGGCCGGUAAGUCGUGGUUCUUCACAAAGUCUGGUUCACGGCGAAAACAGUCGAGCGAGUUGAGCCUCACUGAAACUUUCGUCGGGGUGCGCAUACUGAUGCCGACACAGAUCCCCCUAGUUCUUCAUCAGGUAUAACAUGCGGAAAGGUAUGGUUUUUAUAAUGCCAGCUUUAUUUCCCGCCUGACGACUGCAUGGGAGCUCAUGUCACGCCCCCUGCAACGUCGCUAACGUUCGGAAAGCCCACUAAAGAACACCAACAUGUGGAACACACAUCUUUGUUCACCUAGGCGUUCGCCACAAUUGCGUCACGCGUCUAAGCCAAACCUCACACGUUUUUAAGGCGCUGAAAGUAAACGAGAGUAGGCGCCUAGGGUUCCUAGCAACAACGUCUCUGUGCUGGUUGGAGACGCCCCUUGUGAACCAAUAUGGCGGUGAAUGGGGAAAAAAAUGAGAGCGUGUAGAAAUGACGGAGUACCUAGACCUCGUACUUAAGGUAGUGCCUCAUCUGCGUCCGCGAUCGGAGAAAGUCUCUCGCAGUGACUGCAGGGCUACGACCAAGUUUUCACUUCUUGUGAAUCGCGCCACUUACACCAUGGGAUCAAAACUCUAACCGCGGUACUCGCGAGCCGUACGAAUGUACUGUAUAUAUCGGCGUUGAAGGCUUAACUGUGCGCUCUUUCGUCAUGUCUUUCUCGUCUCUGUUAUCAUGCUUCCGCUAAUCAGUCAUUAUCUGCGAAGUGUACACCACGCAGCUUGUCCUUUUUCAAACACGUGUCACUGUUGUAUGUACCUGUUCCGAAGGAAAAUAAGUGUGCCGACGUUUUUUUGUGUCCAUCACGAGCUUAAAACCGAGCGAAAAACAAGAUGCCGUAUCGACCAACGCAAUGGCCUUAUACCUGCGUAGCGGAGCUUGGUUGGACGGAAAGCUUCAAUCAAGAAUAACGUGACCUAACCACGAGAGGCUCCGUGCACCGUCAUCAAGGUCCAGCCGGGAACCGGCUGCUAGAUUCUUAACAAAUAAUACGUUACGUUUCAUAUACGGAAAUAUGAUGUUCUCUUGAAAUGAUGAGUGAACCCAUGGUUCUCACGCAAAAAUGUUAAGAAUAAAGGUCUGUGGCCAUUGCCUACGUCCAUACGGUAUUUGAAGGCCCAGCCCAGGCGUGACCAGCCGCGGCAAACAGCAAUCAAGGCCAAUAAAAUUUAAGUCUCACCAAGUAGGCAGCGCAUUCUGCACAUUUAAUACCGCGAUCACGAUAGACAAGAGCAAAUGCCUUAAAAGUUGCGUCUGCGAAGCUUAUGACUCUAAAGACACCUCCGCUUACAUGUGUGGCGCAUCUCUAACCAUAUGAACCCUUGACGUCGAAGACGAUUGAUGACCUUACGGGGUUAACUUUCAAUGACCGAUGGUGUGGCUUCUGACGCCACAGCCAAGUCCUGGUGAUUAAGUUUGUUGGGGAUUUGGGGUCACUCACCCCUAACUUAUUUUUUUUUUCAGAACACGGUGACUGGAAAUUAAAAGUUGUGGGAUUUACUACUUGGUGGCGCCGGCGUUAUCAAGAAGGCUUCAAACGGGCAGCAAGAAUGUUUAUGCAUCUGUCUAGCGGCGAAAAAUAAGGAGAGAACUGGCCAGUGAGUCUAUACAGUACAUACAGUGUGACAAAAGAGAGCGCAAAGGUUUCAGCGAGAUAGAAGCGCUAGCACUAGCUAGAGAAGAUAACGAAACACACAACAGUAUAAAACUAUAACGUACAUAUGAAGAGAGAUAAAGAAAGAGGCAUGCUAUGAUAACUAGAUGGGCAGCGCACUUCUUUAUCAGGCCAGGGCAGGCUGUUUUAGAUCGCGAAGUGAUAACAGGAGGUUUAUCCCUAGAAGUUGGCCUGUGCGUAGCAUGCAGAAAUAGUGAGGGAACAAUUACACAUCGCUUGUUGUUAGAAUGUCAGAGUCUGCAUCCAUGAAGCCCCAUGGUUCAAAAACAGCAAUAGAAAGACUUUUUGAGCAUGAGAAAGAAGAACCAGAGUGUAGACGAAUAAAAAUUGGCACAUAGUUGCAGCGUAACGUGAUAAUUGUAGACAACAGGGAUGCAAAUUGCAGCACACAGUACCUUGACAAGUGCAUUGCGUAACAACUUGAAUAGCAUACUGGAGUGCUGUGUAACAUACCACCGCCCCAUUUCAAAACACAAGUUCCCUCAUGAUCAUCAUCGUUAUCAACGUAGUUUGCAGAGAACUUAGAACUCUACACAUUGUCUAAACAGUAUCCAUUCUAUGGACAAUCAAGCCCGUGUUAUGCCCACGUACGUUCAACGAGCUUGAUUUCUGUACACUGAAGAAGUGAAGGAACUGGCCCGAAUGAAUUUCAUUUUGGUGUCACUUGCCUCAGCGGAAGUUACCCUAUGAAUCAGCGUGCAGGACGGAUCGAGUAUGGCGUGGCAGUCAGUGUUAGCAGCUCGCGACCUUCAAGUACCGCUUAUUAUUCUAGAAAAAAAAAAGAAGAGAAGCAGCUGUUUGCUCGCUUUCACGGGUGACCUUGAUUAGUUGUGCUGUUGCUGCUACAUCGUGCCUGGGCUUCCGUGACGAGCCUCAAGUUGCGUGUGCGGACGCAAUGUUUUCUUUGCGGAGUGCGGGGGGCGGUGGGGGGCAUGUUGACGCAUUCGUGAUAUAUGCAUCGUACGAGGGUGGGUGUGUGUUCCGUCCUGUGUAUCGAUCUAUCUAUCGUGCUUUCGCAUUUCCGUCCUCCUCCUUUCCUCUUUUUUUUCUCCCGCUGGUCCCUUUCUUGCUUUUUCUUUGUCUCUAAAAGCACUCAACACAUCGUCCAGUAUUCUGCACAUUCUGACUAAAGGAACAGAGAGAGAAAAAAAGCUCCCGUCAGACACAAAACGUUGUUUUAUAAUCGAACCUCUGUACCGCAGAAGAGCACCAAAAGUUUCAUUGAUUAAGCAGAACGCAAUGACAAUGAGCGCAGACAGACUAAGCCUGCCUUGCCUCCCCUUUGUACGUUUGAAGCUAAUGCUGUGCAGUCUUGAGCAAAAGUUCCAAAGCCACUUAACGACCGAAGCAAUCGGCCGUCAUGACCGAGUUGCAGUGGACGUCCGUAGCUCGGGAGAGUCGGGAGCACCUUCUCUCUGACGCUCGGUGCCUUUAUACCGCCGGAAAAAUAUACCAGGCCCACGGAUAUGCUUUACUACAAAGUAUGCGUGAUGUCCACAGACGUCCGGUGCACAUAGACAGCCAAUGCAUAUUUACUUAAACAACCGUAAUCGUGAUUAGCCAUCUUUGUAGACAGAAUUGAAUAUAUUUCCUGAAUGUUUUCGCUACAGACAGUCCAUAUUCGAAAAAGUAAGUGUACUGGAAGGCCGUCCAACGCUGGCGUACUCUAAAAACUGCUUACAUAAGAUGUAAGGCAUGAUGCUGUUUUUGUGAAAAUUUUAGAGGCCAUUGAGUACUGAAAUUUACAUGUCGUCAGCCUGCCUGCUAGGGUGCCUGUGGUUACCCGUUAUCUUGACUGACCACCUUAUAAAUAUGUAAACAGCGUACAGAUUGUCUGUAUACUUCAAGGGAAAUAUUUUGCCAGUUUAAGGAGUUCUCUUUUCGACGAAAGAAGGUCUUGAGAACGCUCACAUACAAUAGUAUUUGAAAAGCCUAUUUUCUGUAUUGCAACAUUGUAAAAUAUUAACAUUGCAUAGCCUCCCGAGUUGAGUUGAGUUGAGUGGUUGUAGGGUACUGGUGGGAUUAGCCUUGCAGUUGCUGCCGGCAAUCGCUCCACCGUAGCGACACUUAAAAUAAAUAAGUCACAUAAAUCAGACACACACCUCACAAUUACCAAUAGUCUCUCCUACGGUCACCAUGUGGAGACCAAAUCCGUGUCCUGCAGGUAACUUAAAAGGCGAGAAACCUCCUUCCUACACAACUGGUUCCCGUGCGGGAAAGGACCUAAUGUAGGCUACUUUUCCCUGUUAAGCUUUUCCAUUGGCUAUACAAAUUCUGCAGAGUGCAUAUAGUCGUAGAUCACUGUCACCAACAAGUCAAUCUUUUUUGGUCUAACAGUAGUUCACGAACUUUCAUGUAGGUUGAUUGCAGGAACGGUAUGGACACAGCCGACAGCAGCGUGAAGCCAUAAGUUAACAAGCACUCUGAUGACAUUCUGUAGACUUUGUAGUAAAACACACUUUCUAAGACUGUCCAGAUAUAUCUUUCAAGGUGGCCCACAGAUCUCCAAACACGUGUUUCCACCAUAAAAUCUAUAUACUUAUUAAUCGAAAAAAAUGCGUGGGUAGAUAAGUUUGUAAGUUCCCUCUCUGUACAGGCUUCAUAGUAAAGCAUCUGCAGACUUUCUAAAGACUGACCAAAUAUCAUUCGUUUCACUCAAACUGAGCCGCUCUAUGGUACAGUAAUAAACAAUAUACUAUAUCGAUACAAGAUACCAUAUAUUGAUGGAAGCCUGUCGUAUAGUAAAUCAAGUAAUGAGCGCCACCUUCAGUUCGCGUGCUGAAGUCAGCAUGCCCUGAUGAGGCCAAGUCACCUGAGCAAGGGCUACCAGACAUGUCGUGUGCCUGGGCAAGUCCACAGAACGUGGUGACCAUCGGCGUCUUGUGCCAGGGCCCAUAGUCACAGAUUACUCUUUUCUGUUUUGGUAACUCUAAGCUACGUUAAACCAGCUGUGCGAAAUCACCUGGUGGCAGACCUCAUCGAUAGUGGAGUGGCCUCAGAAUUUUCGACCAAGACUGCACAAAUGAGAGUGUGAUUAUUUUAGCGAACCUCACCAGUGUACCUAAUGCACGUGCAUUCAUCGCACUCAUCGUACUCACACACUGGCGGCUUGGCGCAUUUGUGUAUUUUAUAAACAAGAACAAAAUAUCCUCGACGCUGCUUUUCUAUCACAAGUACUUUGUCAAAAGCCAAAUAAACGUAU